AUAGAAUUUUAUUUAGAUCUCUCCUCCCUCUUAGGAUGGUUUCCUGAAUCAGAUUUCUCUAUUCUUCAAAGGGGUUUAUAUCAAUCCUGUAUCCAACCUUGUCAUGUAUAACCAGGUACAUGACAAUUGGUAUCUAGAGCCGUUUCGAUCCAUGGAGGCCGGGCCCGAAGAAGUCUCAUCGAAAUUGGAAGAAAUGAAGAAGCAACAUGAUGAUUUAGCAUCAACGAUGCUUACCAAAAAAGUUUUUUAUGCGACAAUGGAGAAAUAUUUUGGUAAGAAAAACUGCAGUCAUGAAGAUCCAGUAGGAGUUUCAAAGAUUACUUCGAAGUCAUCUGAUGAAGAUCCUACUAAAUCAAUUGGAAUUGGCGACCUAAUUUCUAUUUCUGUUACUCAAACUUUUGAUUCUGAAGACUUUGGCAUUGUUACAUCGGGAAAACAAGAUUCAAUUCCUACUUCUGUUCAGCUGGAUUCUUCUUCUCCAGUCCUCAAUAGGGUUGAAUCUCAGAAGAUUAACUCAAAUUCCGCUGGCGCUGUUAAGGACAAUGAUGGUUCAUCUGAUUAUUUGAAUUUUCCAUUUAAUGAAACUGCAAAGACAGAUGUUAAGGACUUCGUAUUGAUAAAUCAAAUCAAAAUUGGUGGGUAAAUUAUUCUUCCCUAGAUUUUCAUUUCAACAAAUUUGAGAAGAAAUUCGCAAAUCAUGAAGACUUGAAGAAGUUCAAAACCUCAGAUGGUAUUUGUGUGGAUUGUUGUUCUUUUCUCCUUGAUAUCACUCGUUGGUUAUUUGAUCGAGGGAAAUAGAUUUUUGUUUCUCUUAUUGGGGAGAGUGGUGAGCUCUAACAAGACAUACAAAUGGUAUGCUCAGGUGUUUAGUAUGAAGGGAGCGGAAUUUUUUUUCUUACAGCUCAAGUGUAAGUUGCUCGCGGUGAUUAAACUGGGGGUAUCCAAAUGUCAGAAUUCUCCUCCGUGUUACAGAUAUGUGGUCAAAAUGGCAAUGCUCAGAAGCAUGCUUACCAGUGAUCAUAGUGGUGUUUGUUUCUAUCUUUAUUUUGUUGCUACUCGUUCCUUGUUUGAUCGCGGACAAUGGUAUAAUUGGUCCAGGGUAAUGGCUAACUACAGUGGAAAUUUUGUUAUUGCACUUAUUUUCAAACUGGGAUACCCAGGGAAGUUGCUAUGGAAGAGCUCGGUUAUACUUAUGUUGGUUACAUGGGUUGAGACUGGUGUUGUUUGCAAGCUGUUGGAUAAAAGGUUACGGCAGGGUAUAACUCUAUGGUCCAAGUUGAUACUUCAAGUGAUUGGUAAUAAUGAAGCUAGGGCUGUGAAGGAAUUAUUUGAUCAACUACAUCACAGUAGUAGCUACAAUUUCGGGGACUCUCUAAUCUUGCAUCUGGGAAAUGGUUCACGAAAUUUGAUAUAUAUCCAUGUUUUUGCAAGACAAUAUGCUGGUGAAUUGCAGAUUCUCUCAAAGCGGCAUAACUGUAAGCUUGUGUUUCUUUCUCUUCGUGCCAGCAAGUUGUGUGGUGUGUCUUUGCAGCGGGGAAUCGAAUUAUGCUUGCUUCCUCUCUGUUUGUGGUGUAUAGCAAGUGUUGAGGCUUUCAAUUGGAUUUUUACUUGGCUGCCAGAAGGACCCAAAUAUACAGUUGAUGGUAGUUAUGAAUAUUGUUCUGGUAGGAAUGCGUUUCUUGUAGAGGGGGUGAAAAUCAAAGAGCUGCUUGUCAUGGUUGAUGGUGGUGUAUGCUUUUAUGGAUACAUGAGGUGGAAAUUCCGUUUGGUUCCACCUGAUAUACGGAGUUUGAGGAGUGUUAAAAUGAAAGUUCAAUUCUCAGUUAACUUUGAUGCAAACUGGACUACUCAUUCUAAGAGCUUUUGGGUUGUUUCUGUUUACAUAGAAGUUUUAUGGAGCAAUGGCGAAGAUUAUAUUCGUGAACAUGGUAUCCCUAAUGCUUCUGAAUGGUUGAGGCGUAGUGCAGGUACACACAGAAAUGAGAAUUCUGCCAUGAUUGGGUUUUUGUACUGCAAUCAACUUUUGUCGUUGGUAUAUCCGCCGACAAAGGGUUGUAUCCAGUUAGAGUUUUUACGAGGGUUAAAGAGCACUCAGUUCGGGAUCAUGAUGUUUAUAGACCCAACUGUGCUAAUGUUGGGGAUAUCCUUGCGAUGGAAACCUGAAGAAAAUAGCGGUACUAAUCUCCAUUAUGUACUGAUGAGCAUCCCCAGUCAGGGUGGAGAUGUUAACGAGUCUGCAUCAAGAUUUAAUCUCACUAGAGCUGUGACCUUCAUGUUUCUCAUAGUAUUCAACUUUGUGCUGAGGCUCCAAACUGAAGUUUUACAAGUGGACAUGUAUGUCUUGAUCAGUACGUGCAGUUGCGGUGCAGCUGUAUGAAACUUGCUGCUGUACGCGAUAAGUAGGUGGAUAUGGGGAAUGCUUAGCAAUUCUAGUGUUAAAGUCAUUGUUGAACACAGCGGAAGCAGUGCCCAUAGUGUGGUCUUCGGGAUUGUUUCUAAGAGUGCAUACCAUGCAUCAAUUGUGAAGGUAAUAAAGUCACUUGUUUUUGGUAAAUGGCACAAGAAAGUCAAGUUCAAGGGCCGAUCAAAGUAUUCAGUGGUGACAGUUGCUUGUUGGUCCCGGGCUUGGAGUGUGCAAGUGUCUCCCCAGGUUAUUCAUUGGCAUUAUGACUAUUGGGCUUCUCAUGUGUUUAGAAAGGCUACCACUACAAUGUCAUGUACUGGUAUUGGAAGGGGUGCACUUCUACAGACCACAAUCCUUGCUCCUCCUACAUUGCUCCUACAGUUGUCACAAACGGAUACCUAUAUCUUAAAGUUACUUUUCGCGAUUCUCAUCCUUGAGGACAAGGAUGCUUUCAAGAGGAGUGGAAUGUCAUGUACUGGUAUUGGAAGGGGUUCCCUUAUCAUAUUCAAGUUGGUUAUUAGUUUAGUUGUUAGUUGCACUUAGCUUUUAUCAAUUGUAAUGGUGCCUAAAUAGUUUCCAUUCUCCUAACCUAGAUAUAUAAGGCUAGUGAAUAUGUGUAAGAUAGAUUAUCCAAUUUAUGAGUAAUGAAAUAGAAUUUAGUUUAGAUCUCUC